UUUCCUUCAAUUUUAGCCUCAUCACUUCCACCUAACCUUCUCUCUCUCUCUCUCUCAUCUUCUCCAUUUUCAUCUCUCAAGAUAUCACCACUCUCUCCUUAAGAUGAGUGCUCUGUGUCUGAGCAGAAGAAGCCAUGGAUACGCGAAGAUGGAAGCGGAGGAUCCGGAGGAGACGAGCCACAGAAGGGCGCAGUUUCUGAUUUACAAGUCGCUGCAGAAGGCCGACUCGCUGACUCAGCGCCGCCGAUCUCCGUCGUCGUCGUGCCUGAAGCUGCGGGUUUUCCGCCUGAAAAUCCGGAUCGGGCGGCGGCUGAAGCGGCUGAGGAAGAGCAUCUCGCUCACGCUCUCCGCCGCCGCCAAGGGCGGCGUUGUCUGCAGGCAAGUUUCUCUUCAGUUGAAAUCUUGGAGGCGGUUUCUCCGGGGGAGUAGCGCCGUCGUUCCGCCAUUGUUGAAGUGAGAAAAAAAAAAGCUUGGAUUUAUUGUUUCGUAUUUGAAGAAAAAAAGAAAGAAUAACGAGAAUGGGAGAGAGGUGAUAUAUAAUGAUAGAAAUAAAAAUAUUUAGUUUUUUUUUGGGUUCUUUCAUUCUCGUUUUAUGUGAGUUCACAAGAUGAAAUACUGUUCAGUCUGGGGAAGAUAUACAUACAAAUAUACAGUAGUGUUCAUCCUUUGUCAAUCCUUAUUUUGGUUGAAUUAUGAAAGAUACAAUUAAGCCUU